AUGAAGUUCGUGCUAUACAUGCUCUACUUUCUCAAGAUUAAUCUACUUCAGAUCAUAGUACACGGCCAGAGAAGCCACUCGAUUACACUACAACACAUAGACAGCUCGAUUUUCGAGGCUACAAGAUGUACUCCAGAAACAGAGGAAUUUGCUGACAGAGCGUUUGUAGUCAAUAUCACCGAUAUUCCAGUGAUAUGA